AUGGCAGUAGAACCACAGCAGAAGGUGGUGUUGGAGGGUGGAGUGUUUACACUCCUCCUGCCCGUGAGCGAGGACGAGCGGUUAGUCUGCCCGGCCUGCCCUGCGCGCCGUGGAUACUCCGGUAAUUCGAAGAUAGAAAAUCUUCUUCGGCAUCACAAGGAAUGCCAUGCUGAUGCCGCGGUCGUCUUUCAGUGCUGGGGAUGCGGUUAUACCGCACCUCCCGAUAAGCGUUACCCUCGUAGAGAGGUAACGAAGCACUGUGGCGACUGCCUGCCGGAGUUCCAUGGUGUGCGGGCGGGUCUGGCGGACGCUGCUCGACGAGCUGGGAUUCGUGGGGAGCUUCGGGGUGAUCUAUCGCCGGCUGAGCGACACAACAACGGUCGCAGGGUUGCUGCUGAGCGUGCUCGCACGCCAUCUCCAGCACCAACCCAGAGCGGAGAAGUUAGCCUUGUGCCAGACGGUGACGCGGUCGCGUCGCCGCGGCGCGAGGUUGUAUCUCCGCCAGCGCACGGGGGCUGGCCCCCAGCGCAACAGCCGGUGAUAGUGAGUCCCCGGAGCUUACCCGCGUUUCCUAGCUCUUCCUCGGGAGCGGGCAUGGAGCCCGAUCCACCGCCUUCCCCCCCUUCCCCCGAUGCCCCUAUACCCGAUCCGACUUGUCCCGCCCGGCUGCUCUCAGCGGCCGAGGACCCUGUCAGUCAACCAGCGGUGAGGCGGCGAGCGAAUCCGGAGGGUGCCCGGCGACCGAAUCCUGAGCGCAAUGCGCAGAGGGAAUUGGUCGCUGAGUUGCGCGCCAUUACUUCCUCAGACCAGCUUGAGGAGGUCAUGGGUCGGGUCAAUACCUUUUUGGCCCGGCUCACCCGGAGACGCGAGCCAGCCCCGCGCCGUCAGCGUAAUGUCCCCCCAAGACCGGUCGAUCGGACUACUGAAGCCAAGAGGCUCCAGCGGCUCUAUCGUCUUAAUAAGAAGAGGGCAGCCCAGCAGAUUCUCGCAGGUCCCAAUCGGGCCUGCGAAGUCAAUAUAGCAAAUACUGAGCGAUUCUUUACGAAUCUGGCUGCCCAUAGAGUCGGUGGAGAGGAAUGGCCGAACGUGUUCGAUCGACCUGGUCCAACCCCGGAAAGCACUGAACAUCUGUGCAGGCCCAUUGAGAUCGGUGAAGUACAUGCGUGCCUCGGAAGACGGGCGAAUUCUUCGCCCGGUCCAGACGGGGUUACGUACGCCGAUCUCAAGAGGGCCGAUCCGGGGUCCCGUGUGCUGGCUGCGUUGUUUGACGCGGUUUGGCGCACGGAAGGGGUCCCCUCUUGUUGGAGUGAGUCGAACACCAUACUCCUCUACAAGAAGGGUGACCCGGGCGACAUUGGCAAUUGGCGUCCGAUAUCCCUCGCGGAUACGGUGCCAAAGCUAUUCGCGGCGGUUUUGGCGGACAGGGUCAAGGAAUGGGCCGUGACCAAUGCUGUUUACAGCAAAUCCCAAAAGGGUUUCUUGCAGUUCGAGGGUUGCUUCGAACACAAUUUCAUCUUGCAGGAAAUCCUGAGGGAAGCCAAGGACCGGAAGAGAGAGGUAGUGGUGGCUUGGUUGGAUUUAAGCAAUGCUUUUCCAUCCCUGCCCCAUUCCUCGAUCUUUCGGGCCCUUGAGGGUCACGGCAUGCCAUUGAAGGUGAGGAACGUCAUCUCCUCCCUUUAUGCGGACAUGAGGACGAGGGUACAGGUGGCUAGCGGUAGCACAGAUCCCAUCCACAUCCGCUCUGGAGUUCGUCAGGGGUGCCCGUUGAGCCCGGAUGUGUUUAACCUGACCCUUGAGGUCGUGCUUCGAUGCAUGGCCAAUACAGGGGAGGGUUACACAUUCGGUGACGUGCGCUUUAACAACUUUGCGUACGCCGACGAUAUGGCACUCGUCUGUGACUCCAUGGGUGGUAUGCGGAGGCUGCUGGAGGCAGCUGAAUUGGGAGCGACAGCUGUUGGACUACAAUUUAAUGUAGCAAAAUGUGCGACUCUCCACAUCGUGGAUGGUCAGGUCCAACGGUCCUCGCUCUCAAUUCAGGGACAGCCGAUCCCAGUGCAAGACGCCGCCGACGCCUAUGAACAUCUAGGCAUCCCUACAGGUUACCAGGUGAAACAAACACCCGUUAACACCAUACGGGGCCUUCUCGACGAUGCACAUUCCAUCCAUACUUCCCUGCUUGCCCCAUGGCAGAAGCUGGACGCGGUUAGCACCUUUUUGCUUCCGCGUCUAGACUUCAUAAUGCAGGGAGGUAAAGUCGAGAAGGGGUACCUGAGCGAGGCAGACAAAAUCCUAAAGAGACUAGCCCGACAAUGGCUAAGUCUUCCCCAGAGGGCCAGUGCGGAACUGAUCUUCCUCCCUCCGUCACAGGGGGGUGGAGGUUUGAUCCCGCUGGCCGAUCUAUACGAUGUAUUCACCGUGGCUCACGCAUACAGAAUUCUGUAUUGCGCUGAUGCCGCGGUGAGCAACUUAGCAAAAAUGUUGCUGGGGAAGACCGUCACGGAGAGGAUUCAGAGGCAGGCCACGAACACCGACAUGGCCGCCUACCUCUCCAGUGACCCUGGGAUGCCUCGCUCCAGCGCUCGGACUUCGUUCUGGGCGCAGGUACGCGCUUCAGUCGCAAGACUUCAUAAAAAGCUUGGACUGAAGUGGAGAUGGUGCUCCGAUCAGGAGACGUUUCAUCUGGACUGUGGGGACGGUGCAGCGUUCUCUGUCUCGCCAGGCCAAAAACAUCAGGCCUCGGCAAUGCUGCGGAAGUGCCUGGUUGAGCACUAUGCGGGAUCACUACUUGCCAAAAAAGACCAAGGCAAGAGUUUCGAGGUCCUCCGGAAGUCAAAGGUGUCCAAUCACUUUCUCCGGAGUGGCAGGAAUACCCGCUUCUGCGACUGGCGCUUUAUCCAUCGCGCUAGACUCAAUGUCCUCCCUGUCAAUUCAACCUUGCGUUGGCUGACGGGGGCGGACAAGAGAUGUCGCAGAUGCGGGGCUCCAUCCGAAACGCUCCCGCAUGUGCUCAACCAUUGCACUGUACAUUCAGCGGCAAGACAGAGACGGCACAACAACGUCCAGGAUCGGCUUGUAAAAGCAUGUGCUCGCAACCCCUGCCCGAUCCGCGUGAACCACUCCGUUCAGGGAGUCCACGGCACGCUGGCGACUUUGAGACCUGAUAUCGUCCUUAGGGACGAGAUCCAUCGCCGCAUCCACAUCGUCGAUGUAUGUAUCCCCUUCGAGAAUCGGCUAGUGGCUUUUACUGAGGCCCGUGAGGAAAAGCGUACAAAGUAUGCCGCCCUAGCCGAACAGCUCCGGGGCCAGGGAUACACGGUCGAUGUGGAUGCCUUUGUCGUGGGCGCCUUGGGCGGAUGGGACGGUCGCAAUGAGGCUGUCCUGAAUCGUCUCGGAGUAAGCAGUCGCUAUGCUGCGAUGAUGAGACGAUUCAUGGUGAGCGACACGAUCCGGUGGGGACGUGAUAUAUAUGUAGAACAUUUGUCGGGGGAACGGCAAUAUAGACAGGCCCAGUGA